GCGACUCGGGAAUUAGGUACUCAUUACUCAGUGAUCAGCUCGCACAGUUAAGUGAUUUCUGCGGAUCCUUAAUUCCUGUCAUAUUAAAUUGUUAUCUGUGUAUUACGUUUUUAUCUUAAAAUUUGUAAGCGCAUGUCUAUUAUAGGUAUUAUGUAUCACCGAAGAGAAUAUAAGCAUCUGUUUUUUUUUUACAUUUUAUUAUUGUGUGGUUUUACUACGUAGUAUUAUGACUUCUGUAGAGGAGUAAAGACGUUUCUCUCGUUUAAUUUCCAUAUUUAAUAAAAACUCCUUACAAUGACAAUUAGCUCUUUGUAAAAUUUCAUUCGUGUAAAUAUUAAGACAAUAAAUUAUUGUUUAAUGAUCAGUUUUAUGAAGGUCAGUGAAUAACGGAUUAUGCAACGCUGGUUUUUCUUGAAAGAAACUAAGAAGUUGCCACAAAAAAUAUCUAAAAAAAUGUCGACGAAACAAAUUACUCAAGAAAAGGAAAUUGAAUCACAAGAAUGGGUGUUCACUGUGUCUGUGCCAGAAAUUGCUCCGAGGGAAAAAGUUUAUUUAACGGGAAGUACAACUGAACUUGGCGAAUGGGAUUACAAAAAAGCCGUCCCUCUCGAAAAUGUAGAAAACACUGAUAUGUGGACUAAAACAGUAAUUAUACCAAAUACUUGUGAUGUAUACUAUCGCUAUGCUAUUUGUCUUGUUAAUAUUGACACAAAUGAUAUCAUAGUGCGCCGCUGGGAAACUCACAUACACCCAAGAGUUAUAAAGGAAACAAUGCUUCAUCCUCAUACUGAUAUAUUUGGUAAUAAUGAAGGGAUAUACAAGGUUAAUAAAGGCUGGCUUACCUUUCAAACAUUAGUCCAGUUUAAAUUUAUGCACAACCCUUUAAAGUUAAAAAGUCGCUUAACUGGCCGCCUCAUGAAUAUUAAAGUAACACCUGUUAAGCUAUCUUUUGGAGCUGAGCCACAAAUUGAAGAAUCCUCCUUAAGUACAGACACAAUGGAAGCAGAAGUUCCUUGUGGGGUUUUUGUGGAAGUAGCUACUCUUGAAAAUGAUCCUAUGGUUUGUCACCUACAACCUCAAGAACAAUUUGGAAGAGAAUACAAGCCGAAUGAUGUAUUACUAGUUAAUUUGUUUGCCCCAAAUCCUAAAGGCCUAGCAUAUCUUAUAGAUUUUUAUUCAUACAGUACUAGGGCUUCUGUAGAAGAUCCCCCUUGUCAUGUUGGUUACACUUAUGUGUUACCUAACAUGUUUAAGCCAUCUGAGGGCUCAUUAGAAUUACCAGUUACUUGUAAUGUGAAACAUCGGCCAUUAGGCACUAUUAAUUUUGAAUACCUUAUAAUUUCUCCAAUGGAAGAUGGUUUGUGUAAUUUAGAAGUUUCCUAUACAAAACACUGGGAUCCUUCAUGGACUGGAUUGGAAGUUGGUCACAGAGGUUUAGGUGCCAGUUUCAAAACCAAAGAGGGAAAUGCCAUUCGUGAAAAUACUAUAGCUUCUCUUAAAAAAGCAGCUGCCAGUGGGGCAGACAUGCUGGAAUUUGAUGUGCAACUAAGUAAAGACAUGAUACCUGUUAUUUAUCAUGACUUUCAUGUGUGUAUUUCUAUGAAAAGAAAAAAGGAAGUUGACUUCACUGAAAUGCUUGAAUUGCCAGUGAAAGACUUAACCCUGGAGCAUCUGCAGAAAUUGAAGGUUUAUCAUUUAGUAGAAGGACGAAAUCACGAAAUUCUUUUCUUCGAUGAAGAUCUUGAGGAGCAUCAGCCAUUUCCAACUCUUGAAGAAGCCCUAAAGAGUUUAGAUGAGCAUGUUGGCUUCAACAUUGAACUUAAAUGGACCAUGGAACUCAAUGAUGGCACAUUUGAAUUGAACAACCCAUUUGAUAUGAACACAUAUGUAGAUAAGGUUUUGGAGGUGGUACUAAAACAUGCUGGACAAAGAAGAAUUGUACUUUCCUGUUUUAAUCCUGAUAUAUGUACAAUGGUCCGUUACAAACAAAACAAAUAUCCUGUAAUGUUUCUCACAGUGGGAGUAACAGAGAAAUACCAGCCUUAUCGCGACCCACGUUGUCUAUCCAUACCUGCUGCAGUACAGAAUGCUAUCAGCUCUGACAUUCUUGGCAUUGUGGUACACACAGAGGAUUUACUUAGAGAUCCCACACAGGUCAAAUUAGCCACCGACGCCGGUCUAGUCAUAUUCUGUUGGGGCGAUGAAAAUAAUGACAAAAAUACUAUAAAGAAACUCAAAGAAAUGGGUUUGCAUGCUGUGAUAUAUGAUAAACUGGACCAGUACACCACCAAAGAAGUUAAGGAAAGUAUAUUCCUGGUGGAGGCGCGCGAUUCGCAGCGUGAUAUCAUGAGGUUGGCUGCAUUGGACGCGUUGCCAACCGAUAGCACGUCGAGCCGUUCCCGCUCCCCCUCUCGCCAGUUGUCGUCGGCUCAAUUCUCCGGGGACGGACAGCUCUAUCUAGAUCUAAAAGCGCGCCAAAAAGCAACCCGCUCAACUGUCACGUCGCUGGAAUCCCUCGCCUCGUCUAUAGAUAUCCGCGACGAACCCGAACGUAAUCUUAAGCGCAACAAGGAUCUCAUUAUGAGCAUAGAAAAGGAGUCCCAAAUUAAAGAGCAGAGGAAUUCGUUUAAGGGCAUCUUCCCCGCUCCCAAUACGACUACGGCAUCGCCGAAAAAAUCCCGUAAAAGCGACUUAUCUUGAGAAGGUCGCUGAAAUUACGAAAAUUUUUCUUGCUCAGAGAAUUUUUGCGAAUUUUUGCCUAUUUUCAUCUUAGCAUUGUAAAACUGUAGAUUCAUAAUUUAUUCUUAAUUCCAUUUCAUUUUGAUGGUACUUGAUAUAAUGUCACUACACUUUAGUCGAACGCCACCCAUGAACAAUUAAAUAUGUUAUUACCAUGAUUUUUUCUAUAUUUUUUAUAAUCCAAUAAAUUUUUUACGGGUUUCCUUGCAUAUAUUUUUUAUUACAUGUAUUAAUCCCUUUACCAGUUUUUACGUAAAUCACGUCUUCCAAUUAAGGUUAUAAAAAUUUGAUAUGAAUGAAUUUUCAUACAUUGAAAAAACAUAACAAGUUCUAUGUAUUGUAAUUGUUCGUUUUUAUUUAAUAUUAUGAUCAUUAGUAGCUUGUAGAUAUUUACAUGAAUUUAUUCUUUUAUAUCAUCUUUGCAAGACGAAAAGAGAAAAAAAAAUGAGAGAAUUAUUUAGAACAUAGAAUUAUUUUUUACAUUUUACAAUAAAAUAGAUGAAUAGCUUUAUCAAUGUAUUGUUUGUAUCUGUGAUAUUAAUUUUGUGAUUAUUUUUGUGUUUGUUUUAUUUGUAUAUAUCACGUUUUAUUUAAAUUGAAUUAUAUUGUGAUUCUUCUCUCA